AUGACGUUGACGGCAGAUUCACCAUCUCCGGCAGCGGACCAUCAAUCGGAGGAACUCCAAGUUAAAACCAGCAGCUCAGCAAUUUUGCGAUUCGUUCUUCUCUUAGUGUUUUCCGAAGUAAUUGUGUCACAGUCUAUCGUCAAGACUCUUCCGGGCUUUCCCGGUGAUCUCCCAUUUAAACUUGAAACUGGUUACGUUGCUGUAGGAGAAAGAGAUGAAGUGCAGUUGUUCUACUACUUCGUUGAAUCAGAAAGGAAUCCAACAGAUGAUCCUCUCAUGCUUUGGCUUGCCGGAGGUCCUGGUUGUUCUGCUCUUCGUGCCUUCUUCUAUGAAAUCGGCCCGUUCACAUUCAACUAUGAAAAUUCCGGUGGAAACCAACCAACAAUGGAGUUGAACCCAUACUCUUGGACAAAGAUUGCCAACAUUAUUUUUAUAGAUCAACCAGUUGGGACUGGAUUCUCCUAUGCCAAUACUUCGGAAGCUUACCUCAGCAGCGAUACAAUAUCGGCAACACAAACUUAUGAAUUUCUUAGGAAGUGGCUUGUGGACCACCCCAAGUUUCUCAACAAUCCACUGUACAUUUGUGGUAUCUCCUACAUUGGCAUGGUUGUUCCAAUCAUUGUGGAGGAGAUAUACAAUGGUAAUGAAGCCGGAAAUGAGCCUCAAAUGAAUAUUAAAGGAUACAUGCUUGGCAACCCUCUAACAGAUAAAAAUAGAGACGUUAAUUCAAGAAUACAAUAUGCCCAUCGUGUUACACUUCUAUCUGAUGAACUCUACAAGUCAACCAAAGCAAAUUGCCAUGGCGAGUACGUAGACGUAGAUCCUAACAAUGGAUUGUGUACAAGUGAUCUACAAGACGUAGAAAAGUGCAUCGAGAAAAUAAAUUUGCCACAAAUUUUGGAACCCUUGUGCGAUACAUCACAUGUAAACUUGAGCUUGCUAAGAUGGGACAGAAGCUCUCUUGAAGAGAAUUCCAUGGACCCACUGUGGUCACUACCUCUACUUCCAGAACCAGGGUGUCGUGACUUUAUUUAUAAUUAUGCGACUAUGUGGGCUAAUGAUAGAGCUGUUCAAAAAGCACUUCACAUUCGCGAGGGAACAAUAACAGAAUGGCUGCAUUGCAAUCACAGCAUAGAAUACUCAUUUGGUAGAAGUGCAACCAAUGCUUACACAUUCAACGUCCCUAAUACUGUUGGUUAUCAUCGAAAUCUAACGAACAAAAAUUGUCGAGCUUUAAUAUUCAGCGGCGAUCUUGACAUGAGAGUUCCUCAUCUGGCUACUGAGAAAUGGAUAAAAUCUCUAAAUUUGACGGUUGAAAGUGGUUGGAAGCCGUGGUUUGUUAACAAUCAAGUAGCAGGAUAUACAGUUUCUUAUACGCACAACGACGACUACUCAUUGACAUAUGCAACAGUAAAGGGAGCGGGUCAUACUAGUCCAGAGCAUAAACCUAGUGAAUGUCUAGCAAUGGUUGAUCGGUGGUUUGCUCAUUAUCCUCUUUGGUAGAGGAGUUCAGCUCCAAGUCAGUUUAGUUAUCCUUUGUAAUGUUACGUGCACGUUCUUUAUUUCAUUGUACUUUUUAGGUUUCUUAGUGUG